CGUCCCCUAGCUCGUAGACAGAUCGUGUUAAAUCAUCCCUUCUACGAAAUCUGCAGUGAAUAUAAUUUUGUACCGCCGCUAAUACCUUUUGACCUAUUGUUAUUUGUUCUACAAUAAAGUGUAUCGUCAUUCAUCAAUCAUACUGUUAUAAUGCCAAGUAAAAUGUCUCAAAGUUUUGACGGGAAAACCGAAAACUACCACGGUAACGACGAAAUAGUGACAGUCAAGUUCCUGACGGACGCCAACGAAACGCUGACGCAGGCGUUUGACCUAAAUACCAACAUCGGUGAGCUCAGGUCGCAUCUACACCGGACGCUGAACACGGACCAAAACCUAAUCAUCGUCGAGCGCGAAGAAGUGGGAGGAGAAGUGUCACAUAGGCCUCGCGACGAGCAGACGCUCAAGGAGCUCGGGGCGACGUCGUUAGGAAUUUUCGAACUACGCCUGAGGGGCGAUGGCGUACGGCUUCCCAAGCCGCCUGCGUACUACUUGCCGGCGGUGGAUGUCAUCACGGUGGACGUGAACCACAGACGACUAGUGGUAGAAAUCGAACGGUGUGGCCCGGUGGACGGCCAUAAGCGGUGGCUGGGAGGAUACCGGGACAAGCGUACCGGCAAGACGUACCACCACGCAGCCGCGCAGACCGAUCCCAAGGUUGUCGUUAACGUGGCGAGCGUCGUUCCCCGGGUGGACGGUCGGACGCAGACUUGCGUCGACAGGGCGGUAGGCCGGCCAACGAACCGACCGGCAUGGACGCAGACCAACCACGACCACUGUGACAGCGGCGGUUUCGGGUACGUGGAUGGAAAACGGGUGAGGCCAGGGCGUUACCACAGUUAUCAAUCAUGGUUACGGGAAGAUCACGUCCUCAGCAGCGUGCUCAAAAUACAGCGGGCAUUCAGGAGGACUUUGGCGGCACGCGAGAGACGGCGUAUAGCGGCCGCAGCCGAAGCCGAAGCCGAUGUAGAUGACGAACAGCGACGGCUGCUACGGCAGAGACAGUCCCGCAGCAUGACGUCAGGACCGGACAGCAGUGCGGCGGUGGCGGCGGCGGUAACAUCGUCUCUGGAAUCUAAACAGCAGCACUUCUAUUCGCUAUACACGAUGAUCGGAAAGUGGUGGAAGAAGGAGAGGCAGCGGAUCAAGGAGAUCGAAGCGGAAAAGUCGAGGAAGGCGGCGCAGAUGAACCUACUCAAGAAAGAGAUCAAAUUUCUGCUGGAGAUGGAGAAACAGCGGUCGGAGCUCAAGUACGAGCUGACCAAGCACGACGACGUGACGUUCCUGAACAAGACGUCAAAGCCGAAGAUGUUCAAGAACAGGGCGGGCAAACUGCUUACUGUGGACACCGUGGGCAACCAGAAGGCCCGAGCCUUAAAGGAGAUCUACGCGAAAAUCGUGAUCCCACGCGAAGGCGUGGAUCGGGCCGAGGCGCUCGACGAGCUCUACGCUGCGGUGUCCGCGUCUAGUUAUAAAUACAAGGAGCACCUACUAGCAGCCGUGGCCAUGGAAAAGGGCCUGGCCGAUAUGGGAGCAGACGCAGCCAGCCUGAGGUCAGCGCGGUCCCGAGUCGAGCAGAUGUUCCGUCACUACAUCCGGCAGCCGGACGUGAACCCGGAAGCGGACUCGUACUAUCGGCCCACCGAGAAGCGGUUACUCAACGUGUACACGUGCAUCCGGUGCAAACGCAACUUAGCGGCCACCGAUUUUUCGCUGGAGAGUCGCGUGAACCGGACCAACGUGUGCGCAAGCUGCGAGUGGACCGAACAGGUGGGACACAAGCGCAUCGACAUGGCCCCGUACCGACGCAUGCUGAAGGCGCUCCGGCACGACGAGAUGCAGUUGGCCGCUUACGGUUCCGAGUGUUUCCUGAUGCAGCCCACCGAGGUGUACCGUCUGGUGUCUGUCGUGUGGCGAGAAAAGUCAGCGGUCGGCGAGUCGGGUCAGCUCAACAGUCUCCGGCUGGUCCGGUGGCGUCGUCAAGAGCCCUGGUCGCCGUGGAAUUGCGUGCUGCUGACCAGAGCCGAAGCGGAGGCCCACUGCCGGCUGGACGGAGACCCGGCCGACUGUUACGACGAGCAGUUCGUCCGGUCCGUCACCAACAAACACUUGAUGGCCCGAUUGCAGUUCAGCAACCUGGUGCAGGCGGUCGACCAUCGAACCGCCGACGGGGCGAAAGCGCUGUCGAAACAUUGGAAAACCGUCGCCGAUCGUUUUAACAUUAAGACGCGUAAAUAGACGAUGAGUCGUUUAUACCUGUCUCUCACGCGCUGUGCCUUUGCAGAACGAGCCCGUGUUGACGAGGUCGAAUCGUAAGGUUUUCAAACAUAUAAUCGAAACUUUUGGAAUUUUGACUUGGCAAAAAACUCGUGAUCUAGGGACCAGCUGACGUUUUAUUCGAGAACACUGUUAUAAGAAUAGGUAUAAUAGGUACUUAGCUGAUCUUUAUUAGGUACCUAGGUAAGUAUAUUAAUAACAUAGUACAUAUAAAUAAGUUUCAAUUAAAAUUUAACUUACCUAUAUAAAACUAGUUUUAUUUGAUUUGUUGAUGAUAAAUGAGAUUUUUAGGCCAAUUCCGUUUAUGAUGGUGUGGUAGGUUUACUUUACAGGGAUUAUAGGCUUAUCAGGAACUUGAAGAUUUUUUUUUGGUUGAGUGUAACUUCAUGGAGUUUUUUAUGUUAGCAAUCAGCACACAUCACACACUGGACAGCAGUAGGAUGUAGGUAGUGAUUGAGUUUUUGAAUUUGAGUUAUCGUGGAGCCAUUGAGAUGUGGUUACAAUGUUAUAAAUACAAGUGAUUAAUAUUUAACUAAAAUAAUUCAAUUAAUAUUAUAGAGUUUUUUGCAACACUCGUACAUACUUAUAGGUAUAGGUACCAAUGUACCAUAAUGUGACAUAACAGGUCGAAUGUAAUUUAAUUAAAAUACCUAGGUACUUAUAUUAUUUUGAAGUAGGUACAUCAGGCAUAGUGGUACCAUACCUAAUAUAGGUACAUAAUUAUAUCAUGAUGAUUUAUGUACCUAUAUUUAUUUAUAAAGUAUAAAAUUUCUUAUGAUUAAAUAAAAUACAAAUUUAUAUAACUAGGUAAGCAGGUAACUGUAAGCUGUAUUAGGUACAUAACUACCCAACUUCGCCCGAGGAUGAGUGAAAUUGAGAUGGGAAACCAUGGUAUAGAGUAUAGACAGACCACAAAUAUUUAAAUCUACAGAGUAAUAUUUGAGCAUUUUUUUUUAGCUUAUGGAAUAUGCAUAUUAUAUUAAGAAAUAAGAUAUAACUACCUCCCAUCCCCCCAGUGUUAUCUCUGUCUUUUUAACAUAAUACAAAAUGGCAAACUUUUAACUUGUGUACAGUCGAAUCAAUUGUGUAAUUAGCUUUAAUAUUAAAAUGAAUUAUACCAUCAAAUGUUCAAUUCUAGCUUGAAAAUCAAAAUUUCACAAAAACCGAUAUCAAACUAUACAUCAGUCAUUAUUAGUGUUACUUUUAUGAUUUUUAAAAGAUUAAUUGUUUUGCUUAUUUGUUUAAUAUCUAUAGUUGUUAUUAGUGAUACUUGUGAACUAUUGUUUUUACAUAUUUUUUAAAUGUUAAAUACCUACCAACUAAAUUUAAAUAUUAAUUAUAUAUUUAUAUUUCAAUAUUUACAUUGUUGUUGAUUGUUAAGGGUUCACUAUUAUUACAUUAACAAACCUCGAUAAGUGGAUAUGAUCACUUUGAAUAGUUCUUGUCUUUUUAAAUAGGUACUUAUAGUUUCAUAAUAAUUAUAAUGUCUGGAUAAAAAUAAUUGUAACAAAUAUCAAAAAGUUACUGACUUGUGAUCUUCAAGUUUUAUAAUGCACAUCUUAUAUUUUAUUUUUGUUUAGGAAGCAUAUAAUAAA